GGGACAUUUCGAUCUUCAACAACCGCCUGUCGCCAAAUUCCCCGAGGUAAGCACCAAGAGACCGACCUUGGACGACAACACGAUGUCCCAGAGACCUACUGUCACUAUCAUCGGCGCCGAUGGCAAGGCCACCGGUGCCACCGAGGUCCUCCCCAAGGUCUUCGGCGCCCCGAUUCGCCCCGAUAUCGUGAAGCACGUCCACACCGGCAUGGCCAAGAACAAGCGCCAGCCGUACUCCGUCAGCGAGAAGGCCGGCCACCAGACCUCGGCCGAGUCGUGGGGAACUGGUCGCGCUGUCGCCCGUAUCCCUCGUGUGUCGGGUGGUGGUACCCACCGUGCCGGUCAGGCUGCCUUCGGUAACAUGUGCAGAUCCGGCCGCAUGUUCGCCCCUACCAAGAUCUGGAGAAAGUGGCACGUCAAGAUCAACCAGGGCCAGAAGCGCUUCGCGACUGCCUCUGCUCUCGCUGCUUCGGCUGUCGCCCCUCUCCUGAUGGCCCGCGGCCACCAGGUCGCGACCGUCCCCGAGGUCCCCCUCGUCGUCGACUCGGCUUCUUUCAGCAACGCUGCGUACGCCAAGACAUCCGCUGCCCUCGGUCUCCUCGAGGCGGUCGGUGCUGGUGACGAUAUUGCCAAGGUUAAGGGCUCCAAGAAGCUCCGCGCCGGCAAGGGCAAGUUGAGAGGCCGCCGUCACCGCCAGCGCCGUGGACCCCUCGUCGUCUACAGCCCCGAGGUUGACGGCUCCGAGCUCGUCAAGGGCUUCCGCAACAUCCCCGGUGUCGAGACGUGCCCCGUCGAGUCCCUCAACCUCCUCCAGCUUGCCCCCGGUGGCCACCUCGGUCGCUUCGUCAUCUGGACCUCGGCCGCCAUCAAGCAGCUCGACUCCGUCUACGAGAGCAAGAAGGGCUUCUUCGUCCCCUCAAAUGUCGUCUCCCAGUCCGACCUGACCCGUCUCAUCAACAGCUCCGAAAUCCAGAGCGUGCUGAACGGACCCAAGGGUGUCGCCCACGCCAAGCGCGGCAACGUCCAGAAGAAGAACCCCCUCAAGAACAAGCAGAUCAUGCUGCGCCAGAACCCUUACGCCGCCACAUACAUAAAGGAGAACCUUGGGUCAGUGAAGGCGGAGAAGGCCGGAGCCAAGCGUGUACCAGCUUCCUUCAAGGUGCUCCUGAACGAGGUUUAGGGUGUUUGCGAAAAGGGGUAGGGAUGGAACCGUGGGUGCUUCCUAGGCGUAAUGGAUUAGAAAUGUGUGUGCAUAACCACACAUUUUCAAUGAAUUCUGAUACCGGCCAAGCGUAUGGCUUCUUUUUCGUGACCUCCCUGUUA